GGAGUUUGGCUGGAGGGAUCCAGAGCUACCGGAGGUAAUCCAGAUGCUACAGCAUCAGUUCCCAUCAGUCCAGUCGAACGCUGCCGCCUACCUCCAACAUCUCUGCUUCGGAGACAACAAGAUCAAAUCUGAGAUACGAAGGCAAGGUGGAAUCCAGCUGCUGGUGGACUUAUUGGACCACCGGAUGACAGAUGUGCACCGCAGCGCCUGCGGAGCCCUGAGGAACCUGGUGUACGGCAAAGCAAACGACGACAACAAGAUCGCCCUGAAGAACUGCGGCGGUAUUCCCGCUCUGGUCCGGCUCCUCAGGAAAACCACAGACGUGGAGAUCCGAGAGCUGCUCACGGGUGUUUUGUGGAACCUGUCCUCGUGUGACGCCCUGAAGAUGCCCAUCAUCCAGGACGCCCUGGCUGUACUGACCAACGCAGUGAUCAUCCCACACUCAGGCUGGGACACGUCUCCGCACACGCAGGAGGACCGAAAGCUGCACCUACACUCCUCGCAGGUCCUCCGCAACGCCACGGGCUGUCUCCGGAAUGUGAGUUCCGCUGGAGAGGAAGCUCGGAGGAGGAUGAGGGAGUGCGAGGGUCUAACUGACGCUUUGCUCUACGUCAUCCAGACCGCUCUAGGGAGCAGCGAGAUUGACAGCAAGACUGUGGAGAACUGCGUGUGCAUCCUGAGGAACCUGUCGUACCGCCUGGCUGCGGAGACGUCCCACACGCAGCAGGGUGGGUCGGAGGAGCUGGACGGUCUGUUGUGUGACACUGGAGGCAAAGACGCAGAGAGUUCGGGCUGCUGGGGCAAGAAGAAGAAGAAAAAAAAGGGGCAUGACCAGUGGGACGGCAUCGGCCCAUUUCCAGACUUGGCCGAGCCCCCAAAAGGCAUCCAGAUGUUAUGGCACCCCACCAUCGUCAAGCCCUACCUCACGCUGCUGUCUGAGUGCUCCAAUCCAGACACGCUGGAGGGAGCAGCUGGGGCUCUGCAGAACCUGGCUGCUGGCAGCUGGAAGUGGUCCGUCUACAUCCGAGCUGCAGUGCGCAAAGAGAAAGGUCUGCCCAUCCUGGUGGAGUUACUGAGGAUAGACAACGACCGGGUGGUCUGUGCCGUGGCCACCGCCUUGAGGAACAUGGCGCUGGAUAUUAGGAACAAGGAGCUCAUUGGUAAAUACGCCAUGAGGGACCUGGUGCACCGUCUGCCCGGAGGCAGCAACAACAACAACACCAGCAGCGGGGGAGGGGGCACCAACAGCAGCAGCCUGGUGGGGAAGACCAUGUCGGACGACACCAUCACGGCGAUCUGCUGCGCGCUGCACGAGGUCAUCACGAAGAACAUGGAGAACACCAAGGCCCUGAGGGACGCCGGUGGCAUCGAGAAGCUCAUCGGCGUCGCCCGCAGCAAGGGAGACAAAAUACCCAGACAUAGUCCUAAAGUGGUGAAAGCGGCAUCUCAAGUCCUGAACAGUAUGUGGCAGUACAGAGAUCUGCGCAGCCUUUACAAAAAGGACGGUUACUCUCAGUAUCAUUUCGUUGGCUCCUCCUCCACAAUAGAGCGAGACCGACAGCGGCCCUAUUCUUCCUCUCGCACGCCCUCCAUUUCUCCGGUACGGACCUCCCCCAACAAUCGAUCAGCGAGCGCUCCCGCAUCCCCCAGAGAGAUGAUGGUGCUGAAGGAGAGAAAGGCAGACUAUGAGUCGACUGCCAAUGCCAGUUUCCUUGGCAACAAGGGCGAGCACACAUCCCGGAAGGACGCCAUGGCGGGUCAAAUCACUGGAGGGUCUUCAACGCUACAUAGAGGAGCAUAUGUGUCUCCCACUGAUGAUCUAAAAUAUAAUCAGGUUUCCUCUCAAGGCUUGCCAUCAGAGCCCUACCCUCCAUUCCAAAACCCUCCCCCACCCGACAAUGGCAACUACGAGGACCAGGCCUUCUACGAGAACCAGGUCCACGCKGGGGGUCGGCCCCCGCAGGGUGAACUCAACAUGCACCUGCAGGGCCUCAAGUCCACCGGGAACUAUGUAGACUUCUACUCAGCCUCACGGCCUUACAGUGAGCUGAACUACGAGACCAGCCACUACCCAGCUUCACCAGACUCCUGGGUCUGAAGGGACACACGAGUGGAGGAGGAGGAGGAGGACAGGAUGAACAACGGAACACAAAACAGAGAAGAGGUGUAAAGGCUGAAUGAGAGCUGAGAGGACAGUCUCUCUCCCUCCUCGUCCUCCACCCUUGUAGUUUCUGAGUAGCGUUUUAGAUAAGACAAAUGAGCGGGGUAGGAUGGAGCACAAGAACAGAAGACACAGGGGCGGGGGUCACAACAUAACGCUCCUCUCAGAAACAUCUGAGGAAGGUGCGAGGUGGGAGUGCUGGGGCAACAAACAGAAGCAGAAGCAACCGAAGAGUAGCCACGCAUGUGCAUGCACGCCACCAACCGAUCUGACAAGACACAUUUUGUUUCUGUGUUACGUUCAAGAUCAAAAAAUAAACAAAAUGUUUGAGAAAAGGCAGAAAGACACCGGGGCCUCUGAAAGGCUUUUGGAAGCAGAAUGUAAAAGAGGUGGGUGUGAUGAAGAGGGUAGGAAACGCAGAGGAGAAGCUUGGUGGCAUAAACAAGUUUGGAAUAUAAGGGGAAGAUAAAAGAGAAGCACGGAUUGAAGGACUCCGACAGGAAUUUGUGUAAAGCAGAAAAAUAAAAAAAAUAAUUUAAAAGAAGGAACAUGUCAGAGAGGCCUGGUUGAAACCUGUAAAUAUUUGGUAUAGCAACAUGGCUUGUAGUAAAGUGAAGCACAAGAAGCAGAGCUGUAGGACAUGCAGUACAUCACCUUUAGUUUCUCUUCAUGGCUUCAGCACGGUGUUUUCCUACUCAAGACCGAGAGCGCUUCUGGACUUUUCAUUUGUACCACUUUGUUUGUUUGUUUGUUUUUUUCUUUUCCUUUGGUUGUGUUUUUACUUUUUUAAAAUUCUGGUUGUAUAGUAUUUGAUGUACAUUUACAGAGAUGCAUUGUGUACCGUACAUUGCACUAUUUUCUGUGUCAUGUUUGGCCUUUUUGUCUCACCUCCUCACGUAACAUCACGUGCCGUAACUGCACCGGAAGCUCACGUCACACUUCACGGUACUAAUGUGAAACACUGGAUUAUGAACUGCCGGGUCACAGAGCUCCUUUCACUACUAGUAGAUGGUACAGCUAAGAAGAAGCUUAAAAACACACAAGCAGCGUCUCCUGCUUUGCUUUACUUUUCUAGGCUCGCUUAUGUGUAUCGGCACCUAGCUUUUCUUAUAACCGUCACAAAUCCUCUUUUUUUCAUUCGCGGGGUGGGAGUGACCUGUCCUUCAUCAUGUAUAUAACCGUGCCAAAUGAGCGUUUCUUCCCCUCAGCUGAGGAGGAGGGGGAGGGAACGUUAAGGGUGCGUUUAAAGGGUCCAAGUUGAGCUGAUGGUUUUUCAGCUGAACAUCCUCGCGCUUCAAACGACGCCAGUUUGUACAUGCUUUGGUUUUUCUAAACUGUGUUUUACUGAAAAAAGAAUUUGUCUAACUGCACCAACAUUAGGAUUAAAAAUUACAAAAAAUUACAAAAACUAAAAAAAUGGGAAAAAAAUACGUGAAAGAUUCUUUGAGGGACAAUGAGAUCGGGUCGAAGCAUCACAAAUGUACAAAAUGAGUAGAUUUCUGUGUUGUAAAAUAAUCAAUGUUUGAAGUACAGCAACAACAAAAAAACUUUUUCAGACAGAUGGGUGGUAAUCCUAACUUCAUGGUAGACAAAUCUGUUAAUAGAGUACGGAUAUAUAUUAUAUAAAUAUAAAUAUAUUCUUUUUAUGUGCAGAUGUGGAUGUCACUUAUAGCAGCAACAUUAUGGGGAAAAAGACUUGUAAAGAAAAAAAACAGCUACAUGUAGGCAUUUUGUUCACUUUUUUUUGGUCAACACAGUGAAUUGUCAACUUUGUGUAGUAAUGUUGCCAUUUGGAGUAGAGUAGACCAGGGCCCAGGGAUCCACGUUGACACCAAAUGAGUCCAAAAACAAGGUGCUACGUUCAUUAGUAUUGCCAACACAUCUGUAUUUCAACUCAAUUGUUUGCCCAACCAAUUGCUGCAUUUCAGAAGUAUAAAUUAKGUGCAAGUUUCAGCUUCUUUGUGAAGAAUCAAACUUAUCAUCGUGUCCAAAAAGCCAAGCUUGCACCUAUGAAUGCACGAGUAUUUUGUCCCAUUAAACCAACUGUAGCAGCUGACAAUGGACCCUGGCCCUCUUUUACCCACUGCUGUUUUUAGAGGUCAUCUUCCAGUGCUUAAAGCGACUCAUGAUGCAACUGAUUCCCACAAACACACACUGGUUUUAAAAAAUUACAACAAACAGAUAUACUGUAUUUGUUAGUAAGCAUCUGGAAACUGACAAUGUUCUGUAUGUCUUUGUGAUCCUUAGGCAGAAAAUCUGACUAUAAGACCUGUAUAGAGAUAAUUAUGUUGGUGACCUUUUUUUAAUAUUUUUUUAUUAUUAUUAUUAUUUUGUUUUUUGUUGUUGCUAGACCAAAUGUGUUAUAAAAAGGCAAUUGUGAAUCUUUCUAAUGCCUCAAGCAGAUUGCAACCGCUCCAAAAAAAUAUAAACAGACCACUGAUGAA